GUACAUGGACAAGGAAAUAAACAACGCGAGUGGGCCGCAGCUCUAAGCUUGUUGGGCACGUUGUCACUUGGUUUGGGUCGAGGAUGCUGGCCCAUGUCCAUUACUUCUCCUCCGCCACGCGGGAUCUCGGCUGCGUCGCCAGUUCCAUACUCAAGAGCAUCGAUGGCAACAUGAUCUUAUGGUACGGAGCCUGGACUAAAGAAUCCGCCCAAAACAGAGACCUCCUCACCGCCGCCCUCGUGACCCUGCUGGCGGAGAUUCUGCCGGGGAAGGCGGUCCUGAUCGAGCACGGCUUCUACGACGCCUACGCCGGGGAAACCAAAGACGGCUCGCCCGCCGCCAGAUUCUCCACCGGAGAUGCCGUCUCCAAGAGCGUGGUCAUCGCCAGACCCGGGCGGGCGGCGGCCGCGGGGCAGAAUUGUUACGAGGAAGUGUCGUAUGCAAACCUGGCGCUGUUUAAAUCCGGGUUUCGGAAGAUGGAAGGGGCCGUUUCCGGCGUGUGCCUCGGCUGCCCAGCGCUGCCGCGGCUGGCGUGUUUCUAUGUGUGGAAAUCGUUGCGGCACUGCUACUCGUGGGUUCUCGACUCCGACUGCCGCUCCGCCGCCUUGCCGUACCUCGACCACCUAGAUCUAGAUAUCAAGUACGAUGUUUUCCGGGUGGCGUACGUCCACGACGGUCGGGGUAGAUUUGCGGCCGGUCUUGUGGUUCCCACUCGCCGCCCUGUUUUGGAGAAUACAGCGCCAGGGAAAGAGGCUGCCGCCGCCGUGGGGCAGGUAGGGCGGCUAGAGGGCAAAUCGGAUAAGACAAAUCAGAUUAUUAAAUAACAAUGUAAAUGAUGCUUUUAAGGUGCAUUUGGUAUGAAUUAUAGAAGUUGUAAAUUGUUUUGCAAAAGUUCAAUUUGAUGUUGGCCCUUGUACAUUUUUGUCGUAAGGUUUGUUUUAUCAUGUAUUCACCAUUAUGGUUAGGGUUUGGUUCAGUUCCCCUUAGUCACACAAAGUAAAGUUUUGGAGUAAGAUGGAAUGUGAAAUCACAAUCGAGUAACAUGCGGUUAAUCAUAAACUGCAAAGUUUAAUUUGUGGUCAACCGUAAAACAAACCGAACUAACGGUUUUAGUCCUUUUGAACUACGACUCGAUGAAAAAAAGCAAGUGCAUAUGAACCAUGGAUGGCGUAGGGCUGUCAAUUUGGUUUUGGUUUUUCGGUUUUAACCGAAACCAAACCAAUCGGAAAACUAACGGUUUCAAUUUUUUUGGUUUUAAACUAAUUAGCAACUUAAUGGUUUUGGUUUGGUUAAAACCAAAAAAUCAAUAGAAACCAAUAAUCUGAACGAAACGCUCUAGACCCCUUUCGAACAAAAUGCUCUCGUUCGCUUACCUCUCUUCUUCUCGUUGCUCUGAAGCCCCCGACCCCUUUCGAAAGCCCUAGCCCCCUUUCGAACGAAACGCUCUCGCCCGAUCACCCCUCUUCUUCUCGUGGCUCUGAAGCCGACUAUCUUUGGCAAAGGCGGAAACCUAAGUAACUCCUCUGUGGCUGUUGAUUCUUAACUCGAGGAACUCUAACCAAGUCGAUUCCAACAACGAGAAAGUUGCCUUCUUCUUUAUUUAUGGGUUGAGUCAAUGAUAAUCUUAUUUAUGGUUGGUAAUGAAUUCGUGUUGAAUUUAAUUUAGGUAUUAAUCAUGUGUUGCACUUUUUUUUUUUUUUUUGUGCAUUCAACUUGAAAAGUGACAAUAAUAAAUCGAAUUUUGAACUUUAAUUGGAAGUGUUAGUAUAAUAGGAUGAUAUAACAUAGAAUCACAACUAAUCAAUCCAUUACCCUAACCCCUUAACAUUCAAUUUUUAAUCCUAGCUCAAACCCCCAAAUUAUAAACCUAAACCAUAACCCUAAAUUCAUAAACUCUAAAUAACUCAAAUUAAAGUAAAUCUUUAAUGAUUUUUAUAAAAAUUCAUGUGCUUCUUGUCCAUCAUACCACAAGUGAUUGUUGAUAUUGUUUUCACAUGAAUCGCCUGCUUAGAAUACGAUUAUCAAGGCGAGUGCAUUGAAUGCAGCCAAAAUAUUGAGUGCGCCAAAGACGCCACCAUAUAUAUAUAUGAACUUUGACGGCCUCAUCAUCAAAUACAUUACCAAAUCCAUGAAGCAAACAAUGAAUUUUGUGGAUUUGAUUUACGGUUUAUGGUUUUUCAUAUUUAAUGAUUUGAUUAACCAAACAAAACCAAAUUUACAGCUCUAGAUCUAAUGCAGAUGGUAGGACUACGAAGACGAAUGAGGGAGGGGAGAUGGAUAAGUAGAUAACAUAUAGCAAAGCGGUGGAAAAAAGGUGGCGAAGUUGGGCUAGUAUAUAAUAUAUAUGUCUCUCCCUUAGUCAUUUUAGUUUGUUGUUAAAGCACAAACAUCAAAACAACCAAUAUGAAAACCCUUGACCAUUUAAACACCGUUUGCAGUUAACCACAAGCAACGCAUUUUCGAUGCGCAAUUUAACCCCAACCGAAUUCCCAACAAUAUACACCUCCGACAAUAAUUGCUAACCACUUGUCAUAAAUGAUCGUUCAAAGCGAUAAAUGACUAAUCACAAUGCGACUUAUAUUCUCAUGAGCAGGCCAGGGAUAGCUGAAAAGCAACCACCAAUCCACAUGUUGGGGCCUAAUACUGCUCGACUUGAGUUUCAAUUGGGCCUCAAAGAUGUCAGGGCCCAAUGUACACUGCAUCCACAGUCUGGCUUACUAGUUCUUCCAAACCCAAACUAACAAAUGCUGAUGCCCCGU